AUGGGCGCAUGCAUGAGCUCGAGCAAUGAGGAGGCGGAUCAGAAGAAGAAGAGUCAGGCCAUUGAUAAAAUUCUGGAGGAAGACUCGAAACGAUUACGGAAAGAAUGCAAGAUUUUACUGCUAGGUUCUGGUGAGAGUGGCAAGUCGACGAUUGUCAAACAGAUGAAAAUCAUCCAUCUUAAAGGAUACUCGGAAGAUGAGCUAUUCAACUACCGGCCAACUGUCUUCAAAAAUCUUGUGGAGUGCGCCAAGGCAGUUAUUAUGGCCAUGCAACAAUUCGACAUCGAGCCUCAAAACGAAGAGAACAAGGCACAUGCGGAGUUCCUAUUAGAAUACCAAGCCGAGUCUGGCCCUCAAGCGCAAAUCGAUCCGAAAGUGGGCGCGGCGGUACAAGCUCUGUGGAACGAUCCAGCGAAAGAUCUUCUCAUGGAACAUCAGACGGAGUUCUACCUCAUGGAUUCCGCCGAAUAG